AUGACAAUCGGCCUGUAUUUUGGAAACAGAGCUCUUAGAUCAUAUCAUCCUAGAAUGUAACUAACUAAUUAUUCAUUAUUGUAUUUAGUGUCUAUGUAUAUGGCUCCUAUUUUUGCUGCUUGGAUGCAUUUUCCUGAUAGAAAAGGACUUGUGAGUGGUGUUAUUUUAGCUGGUUUUGGGCUUGGAGUGUUUAUUUACAACAUUGUAUCGAAUAAAAUUGCAAAUCCUCAGAACCUUUCUCCAAAUGCAUUCUUGAGUUCUAACUCUACUAUAUGUGAUUGCCUCAUAUGUGGAGAAUUCUAGCAUUGUGUUGGUUCUUUCAUGCUCUUCAAGAAAGCAAGUCUACAAGCUAAGUUUGGGCUAGGCAUAAACAUCUCAGUAGUUUCUCUUUUUAUCGCUUAUGAGUUUCUUUUCUCUUUAGAAAUAGAUUUGAUGAUGAGUUCUUAACAAUGGUUGGAUCUGUGGGAGCAUUAGUAAAUUGCGCAUCAAGAUUUUUUGGAGCUUGGCUAAUAGAUCAUUUUUCAUUCAAAACAAUUUACGGUGUCUUACUGA